CCACAUAGCACCACUCCUUUGAGCUUGCGCGCUCAAUGUCCACCACUCCCGCUUUCCAACUAACAAAAUAUCUCGAAAUAUUCAGAUCACGCGCUCGAUCUCUACUCCAAUACCGCCGCCGCUCCCGAUUCACCAUACCUCAGCCGAAUUUCCAUCGUUCUCCCUUUUGCUCCUCGCCUCGCCCGGACCCCGGCUGGAUUCCCGCAGGAGGAGGAGGAGGAGGGGAUGGGGAGGGAGGACCGGUUCCCGCUCUGGGAGGCCGCGCUCGGCGCCGGGGUCGCCGCCGCCUUCGCCGCGGGCCUCGUCGAGGUCUACCUCUCCAUGCCGGACUCCGACUACAGCUUCCUCAAGUUGCCCCGCAACCUCCACGAACUACAAAUCCUCACCAAGCCUGUCAGAAUCGAACUGAUUGUCAUCUGGCUUAUUUCUGAUGGGGCAACGCAAAAGAAUCACAACUCUUCAGAGACCAGAGGACGAACAUGCGCUACUUUGUAUCAGAUCUGAACCACACGGGAUGUCGGACGUAGGUCUGGAGCAUGAUGCAUACCAUGCGGAGGAAAUGACGCCGGAGCAGCUAAUCACAGAGGAGAAGCUAAGUACUCAAUAUGCUGGAAUAAAUCUGGUUUGCAUGAAGUUAUUUUAGGAACAACUGGGAGGAAACAAGGCACAUCUUCAAAGGCAACAUCCUUCCCCUCCACCGAGUCAUUGCUCUGCAAGUAAGAGAGUUCCCUUUCUCAUUCCUAGCAUUCUGAAUUCCUGAUGUAAGCCUGGCAAAAUAUCUGCGUUUUGAUGGCAGGAUAAGAUUGGCAGUGGCCUUCAUAUCACUUGAACAUCCAUUAGUCACAAAGUUCCAUCAUGAGAAGAUUGCUUAUCGUGCAAUUAAGGGAUUUUAUCCUAUACUGUAUGGUUUUUAAUUACUCAGAUGGAUAAUGAGUUGAAGGCACAGAGCUAGAUUACAUUAAAUGAUUUCCGAUUCCUUGUGAGCAAUGAUUGUGAAUACAAUAAGUGAAGGUUUGAGAUGUCUCAUCUCUGUCGCAGGAUAUGGCUUGUGAGUACUAGCAGAUGCUUGAGCUUCUUAGAAAGGCCCCAUUUUUUGGCAGAUGGCGUGCUAAGCCAGGAUCCGUUGAUUCGUUUACAGUUCCACGGUGAUGACUAGAUCUUGAGGUUCUAUGUUGUGUCGUAGAGGCUGGUUCUUGAAGUUUCUUGGUUUCACCACAAUUUUAGCAGUUUUGUGUAUCAGCUCUUUCAGCUUAUUUGUAGCAUGUGUGCUUCUGCACAAUACUGAAGUUUUGAACAGUGAUAGCCUGUAACAAACCUAUAAAGCCCUAUGAUGUUUGGCACCAUGAGGUGUUUAUA